AUGUUAUUUGUUAAAACAGCACUUAUUUUUGCAGGACUCCUGUUGGAAUAUGCCACAGUUGGGGAGCUUGCUUCUCUCUGUCAGAUACGGGGAAGUCCAGAGUUUCCUGUACUGUCUAAAGAGGGGGACGUGAUAAUCGGAGGUGCCUUUUCCAUUCACAGCAAAAUCUCUCCUCCUUCACUUUUCUUUACAGAGAGGCCGGCAGCAUAUAAAUGCACCAAUAUCAACCUAAGGGAGUUCCGAUUCGCACAGACGAUGAUAUUUGCUAUUGAGGAAAUAAAUAAAAAUAAAGAUCUUCUUCCCAAUAUUACUGUUGGAUAUCGGAUUUAUGACAACUGUGCGUCAACAUUAUCCUCAAUGCGUGCAGUAAUGGCUCUGAUGAAUGGUGAUGAGUUGACUUUGGGAAAUAGCUGCUCUGGGCAAUCAGCUGUUCAUGCUAUUAUCGGAGAGUCUGAAUCUUCCUCAACUAUUGUCCUUUCCCGCACUGCUGGACCGUUUCAGAUACCAGUGAUAAGCCAUUCAGCCACCUGUGAAUGUUUGAGCAACAGAAAGGAGUAUCCCUCAUUUUUUCGAACCAUUGUCAGUGAUCUUUAUCAAAGCCGUGCCCUUGCACAGCUAGUGAAACGCUUUGGUUGGAACUGGGUUGGAGCAGUAAACAGUGAUAAUGACUAUGGUAACAAUGGGAUGGCCAUCUUCCUUUCUGCUGCGAAAGAAGAAGGAAUUUGUGUGGAAUACACAGAAAAAUUUGACAGGGCAGAGACAGAAAAACUUGUAAAAGUGAUAGAGGUAAUGAAAAAGAGCACUGCUCGAGUUAUUGUUGGCUUUCUUUCUCAUGUUGAAAUGAAUAACCUGCUAGAGCUGUUAAGUCUCCACAAUAUCACCGGGAGGCAGUUCAUUGGUGUGGAAGCCUGGAUCACUGCAGACAGCCUUGUGACUCCUACUAGCUUUAGUGUGCUAGGAGGAGCAUUAGGCUUUGCUGUACAAAAAACCAACAUCAGUGGGUUGGAAGAUUUUCUAGUUAGAGAUUUUUGGAAAACAACACUUCAGUGCCAUGAUACAACCUCAGAAAAAGUUCUGAAAACUUGUAAAGAGAAUCUGGAUUUUGUUGGGUUAAAAGGUCAUGAUGAUGAUUUGGAAAAGUUGAGAUACCCUAGUAACAUUUAUAAAGCCAUCUAUGCAGUAGCACAUUCCAUUCAUACAAUAAUGAAGUGUUCAGGUGGCCAAGGGUGUAAUAAGGCUGUGAAUAUCAAGCCCUGGGAGGUGGUGGAGGCCCUUAAGCAUGUGAACUUCACCAUGAAAAAUGGAGAAAAUGUGUGGUUUGAUCAAACUGGUGCAGCUGUAAACAGAUAUGAAUUGGUGAACUGGCAGCUUGGUUCAGAUGGAUCCUUUCAGUUUAAACCAGUUGGCUACUAUGAUGCCUCUCUGCCCUCUGACCAGAGAUUUUACCUUAACACAGAGGCUAUUAUAUGGCCUGGAGGUGGUAAAGAGUUACCUAAUUCAGUUUGCAGUGAAAGUUGUCGUCCAGGUACACAUAAAGUCCUUCAAAGAGGAAGACCUGUGUGCUGUUUUGACUGCAUACCAUGCGCAGCUGGAGAAUUUAGCAAUACCACAGAUGCUAAUGACUGCAAAAAAUGCCCCAAAGCAUACUGGUCCAAUCAGAGAAGAGAUGCAUGUUUACCAAAAAACAUUGAGUUUCUCUCUUUUAAUGAGGUUAUGGGGAAAAUACUUGUGAUUUUCAGCAUGUUUGGUCUGCUGCUAACUUUAAUAGUGGCCAUAUUGUAUCUAAUUAAUAAAGACACUCCACUGGUAAAAGCAAACAACUCUGAACUGAGCUUUCUCUUGCUCUUCUCUUUGUCACUCUGUUUCUUGUGUUCUUUAACAUUUAUUGGCAAGCCCACUGAGUGGUCCUGUAAGCUGAGACACACAGCAUUUGGCAUCACCUUUGUGCUCUGCAUCUCUUGUAUUCUUGGAAAAACAAUAGUGGUUUUGAUGGCCUUUAAAGCUACACUUCCAGGUAAUGACAUGAUGAAAUGGUUUGGGCCGGCACAACAGAGACUCACUGUUUUAUUUUUCACUUUUAUACAGGUUAUAAUUUGCAUCCUAUGGAUAAUGAUAAAUCCCCCUGUUCCUUACAAAAAUAUGAAUUACUAUAUUGAAAGGAUAAUCCUCGAGUGUGCCUUGGGAUCCCCUGUUGGGUUUUGGGCUGUAUUGGGAUACAUUGGUCUCCUUGCCUUACUAUGUUUUGUCAUUGCUUUCUUAGCAAGAAAGUUGCCUGAUAGCUUCAAUGAGGCAAAGCACAUCACCUUCAGUAUGUUGAUUUUCUGUGCAGUCUGGCUCACCUUUAUCCCAGCUUAUGUCAGCUCACCUGGAAAUCUCACUGUUGUUGUUGAAAUAUUUGCUAUUCUAGCAUCAAGUUAUGGAAUACUAUUUUGCAUAUUUGCACCAAAAUGCUAUAUCCUUGUUCUAAAACCUGAGCUGAACACAAGAAAACACCUACUGGGGAAAACACGUUAAUGUGUUAUAUGAUACAAAAUAUUUUUUUUUAACUCUGAAAAAGUUGAUGUUUGUUAUGUUUAAACCUGUACAU